AUGGCCCCGGCGCAACUGCUACCGUUGACGGCGGGAUCGACUUCGGACGGCGAGGGCGAUGACGACUGGUUGGAUGACGCUGCGCCGCUAACGCAGAGGCAGAUAUCCCUGCUGACGCUCAAGCUGUCGCUGGAUGAUGCACAAGAGCUGCAGCGUGCAGCGCGGAUGGAGGACGACAUGCUGGAGGAGGAUGCGUUUCUGGAUGCACAGCGCGCGGCGCUCGCGGCGGACGAGGCAGCGACAGCCAAGGCGGCGGCGGCGGCGGCGGCGGCGGCGGCGGGGUCGGGGGAAGUGGCGGGGGCGGGGGCGGCAGCAGCGGCGGCGGCUCCGUCGGCGGCUGAAGAAAGCAGCGAUGGACGUCGGGCGUCACCGGCGGUUGUCGACGUCUUUGGCGACGCACAGACAUCGAGCAAGGAGUUUUCACUGGAUGGCCUCGCCGACCAGGAUGUCGAGGACGCACUGGGCGCUCCCGACACCUGGGCCGGCACCUCGCCCGCAGACUCGAUCGAGGACGACUUUGAGGCUUUUCUCGCUCAGGCGCAGGCGAGCAUGGCAUCAUCCAAGGCCGUCACCACACCGCCACCACACGUUCCGCGCAUCGCCGGCCCGAACGCCACCACGCCCGAGCCGCGGGCUAGAGAGACGCGCGAGCCGGCGCCGCUGCUCCAGCUGUAG